AUGAUGUUGAUUAUGGCCACCCGUGAAUUCGAAUCGAUACUUUGGGAAGGCUCGCCCGUUGCAGGUUACCGCCGCAUGUUCGCUGGAGAUCUAGGGGCUGUGGCUGUACCUAGCACUGACAGAGGAAUGGAUAUCGUCUCUGUCAAGACCAACUGUGCCGAAGUUUCUGCUUUCUUGGUGUAUGGGCGAAGCUCUCUGCCUGGAAAAUUCAUCAUCGACUUGUAUGGUGUACCACCGGUCUUCACUAUCUCAGUAGCGGUUGCAGUAUUUGGCUCAUUCGGCAAAGAGACCCCGUUUCUUACAAGGCGAGGCGACUUGCCGUCACCCAUUCGGAUCGAUCGGCAUUCUUUAUGUCCGACCUGA